ACCAUGUUGCAAAGUACAUCAGCUUCGUCAACACCAAUAACAUCUCAACCAGCAAGUACUUCUCAGCAAUCCACUGAUAUGAUAACCUCAAUCAGCACUUCACAUCCAUCACCUAUAGUAUCUACAGCAUCUCCAUCAACACCAACUUUUUCUUCAACAACAAGUGCAGAACCUAAAACCACAGAUUCAAGUACAAGAAGUACUACAAGUACAGGUCUUCCAUCAACAUCAAGUCUCCUUCCUGACUCAACAACUGUCCAAACCAUAUCAACUGCGCCACUAAGUACAUCAACUGCUCUUGAAAGUACUACUCCACCUGCUACCACCAGAAGAAUAACUUCAACUAUGUCUACAAUUGCUCCAUCUAUUGAAUCUGUAGCAUCUCCAACCACAACACAAGCUUCAAGUAUGAAAACUACUUUCCAGAGUACAUCAGCUUCUUCAACGCCAACAACAUCUCAACCAGCAAGUACUUCUCAACAAUCCACUGAUACGAUAACCUCAAUCAGCACUUCACAUCCAUCACCUGUAACACCUACAGCAACUCCAUCAACACCAACUUUUUCUUCAACAACAACAAAUGCAGUACCUCAAACCAUAGAUUCAAGUCCAACAACGACUACAAGUACAGCACUUCCAUCAACAACAACUCUCCUUCCUGCCUCAACAACUAUGCAAACCACAUCAACUGUGCCACCAAGUUCAAGAACUGCUCUUACAAGUGCUACUCCACCUGCUACCACCACAAGAAUAACUUCAACUAC